AUGGUUAAAAUUGCCAUUGCAGGCUACGGGGAAAUCUCGGGACAAAUCAUUAAAGCCCUACUAUCAAGUGGCCGUCAUGAGAUCACCCUUCUUGGGCGAAAAGAUACUCCUAAAGACUUGCCUGCGGGCUUGACCUGGGCCAAGGUGGACUACCUUGACAAGCAACAGCUCGUUCAGGUCUUGCAGGGAAUGCACACUGUGCUCUCGUUUAUUACUGUUGUGAUGGACCACGAAAACCAUGCUCAGAUCAACCUCAUCAAUGCUUGCGUUGAGGCUGGCGUCAAGAGAUUCGCGCCGAGUGAAUGGGCAUUCUUCAAGGUAGACGCAUUUGCUAUGUAUCAAGGCAAAGUGGCGAUUCGCAGAUACUUGACGAACUUGAACAGGAACGGAAAGGUCUUAGAGUACUGCCUAUUUUUACCAGGAGUAUUCAUGAAUUACCUUGGGCCACCUGAAAAAAUGGAAAAGGGAGUUUCUUACACUCAGUUAUUCCUAGAUUUUGGAGAAUGCCGUGCUAUCCUCCCAGAAGGUCCUGAUGCAACAGUAACCUUCACAACCCUUGAAGACAUGGCAAAGACUGUUGCAAAGGCUGUGGACUAUAAGGGAGAAUGGCCUGUCAUGGGAGGAAUCGUGGGCAAUAGGAUCACGAUUUCUGGGCUGCUCCAACUGGGAGAGAGAAUUCGAGGCAAGAAGUUCACUAUUGAAAAGGUGAAGAUGGAGGAUCUCAAAGUUAAUGACUACGUUACAUCGUGGAACCCAAUAACGCUUCAUCCAUCGAUUCCCGAAGAGCAGCGGGAAAUAGCUGGGCGAGAGUUUGCGAGACUCUCUCUUAUCGGUCUUCCUGAUGGGGGUUGGGAUGUAUCCGAUGAUUGGAGCAAACUGUUACCAGAUCAGAAGUUUGUUACUCUGGAAAACUUCCUUCAAGAUUCCUGGGGCUCAGUUUAA